GUGUGUUAGGGCAAGAAACAAGGCUGAGCAAUCAGAAGUGUUGUGUAUGAUAGAAAGCAUUAUUCAUGAAAGUAUAAAGGUAAUAUAUAGUAUACAUGUGAAAGUGUAUUAAAAUGUCAUUUUUCAUGCCACACUGUGAGCCUGAGCUGGGUUUAAACGCGUUGUGUGAUUUGUAGGCGGAAACAUUAUUCAGGACACAGCGCUAGUGAGAGGCCACGUCAGUGUACGUCUUUUAAAACGUUCCGACCGGAAACACGAAUAGCAGUCUCUGUGAAGUUAGGCUUCAUUAAAAAAAAGAUUUAAUAAACAAAAGAAAAAUCACAUGAUGUCUGAUAUAAGACAUUGACUCCAAAAUGAUCUACGCUGAAACAUCCCGAUUGUAAUUCCUAUACGUUUUUUAUAAACUGAAAGACGAUCAGCCAAGACUGUAUGAAUGCAAUAGAAAUGAAUGCAACCCAAAGCUGGACAAAUGCAUUUCUUGGACAGACAAUGAUACAGCUCCAGGUGAAGGCCAGCCCCAUUCCUGAUGUGCAUCCCUCCUGAUGCUGGACUGUCCGUGCGCACCGUUAAACCAUCAGAUGGAAUAAUUAUCUCCUGCACCUUGGCUCUUUUGCGAUCAUGGCAGAUGCAGAACUGCAGACUUUCACGUCUAUAAUGGACGCGCUCGUGCGCAUCAGCUCCAAUAUGAAGAGUAUGGAGCGGGAGCUUCGCUGUCCGGUGUGUGAGGACUUGGUGAAGCAGCCCAUUGUGUUGCCGUGCCUGCACAGCGUUUGUGUGUUGUGUGCGGCGGAGGUGUUGGUGCACAGAGGCUACCCUCCCCCUGAUCUCCCGGCCGAGCCCAACACGCCCACGUCCAGCCCCAGCACCCGCUCACCACGACAUGCACGUCGACCGCCACCCAAAACUGACCGUCUUGAGCGGGUGCUCAAAACAGUAUGUGGUACCUAUCCUGGACGGAGGCGGAAAGACACAGUUCCUCUGAACAUGUUGUUUCCGUGUCCAACUUGUUGCCGGGAUGUGGAGCUGGGAGAGCGAGGCCUUGCCGACUGUCUACGUAAUCUAACACUGGAACGUAUCAUUGAGAGGUACAGACAGACAGUGAGUCUUGGCAGCAUGGCUGUGAUAUGUCAGUUCUGCAAGCCCCCUCAAGCACUGGAGGCCACUAAAGGCUGUGCUGAUUGCAGGGCUAACUUCUGUAAUGAGUGUUUCAAGUUGUACCAUCCCUGGGGAACCCCACGCGCCCAACACGAACAUGUCCUACCCACACACAGUUUUAGGCCUAAGGUGCUGGUGUGUGUUGAACAUGAGCAAGAGAGAAUGCAGUUUUACUGCCGAUCGUGUCAGCGUCUGUUGUGUGCGCUCUGUAAGCUUCGUCGUGUUCAUAACGGGCACAAGGUCAUGCCUAUCACACACGCCUACCAGACGUUAAAGGAUAAAAUUACUAAGCAGAUGAACUACGUUCUGGCCCAUCAAGAGCGAGUGCAGGCCCAGAUCACUCAAGUGGAGAGUGCCAUCGCUCAGACCGAGGUGAACAGUGCCGUUGCUAAAGAGCAGCUGAAUCAGUGUGUGAACAAUAUGUGUGAAGAGCUGGCUGAGCGACAGUCUUCUCUGAUCAAAAUCCUUGAGGAGACUCGUGUUCAAAAAUCCGAAUCUCUGAACACACAACUUUCAGAGAAACAGAGUUUGCUGGACAAUGCGGGGCUCGUCAUGUACACCCAGGAGCUGCUGAAAGAAAAUGACCAGCCGUGUUUCGUGCAGGCCGCCAGAAUCACCCACAACCAGUUGAUUGCAGCCAUAGAAAACCUGCAGCGCUUUUCCCUCUCGGCAGAUCCCUCGUUCCGCCGUUACCAUGUGGACAUCUCAAGAGAGAUCAAGCUACUCAGCAGCAUGAAUUUCAUACAAGCUCCACUGGCCCCUGUAAUCGACACCCAGAAGACUCUGGCCUAUGAUCACCUGUAUCUGUGCUGGCGCCUCCCACAGGACUCAGCUCCUGCCUGGCACUACUCCGUGGAGUAUCAGAGAAAAGAUGGCAGGGAUGGGCCUUUGUGGGGCGGAGUCAAAUCCGAAGGCUCUGGAGGCCCCAAUAGUCCUUGGCAGCGCAUAGAUGAGGUGGGCGGGACUAGUGCAGUGAUUGACAGACUGGAGAUGGACAGCGUGUAUGUGUUGAGAGUGAGAGGCUGCAACAAGGCGGGUUUUGGCGAGUACAGUGAAGAAGUGUACCUACACACACCACCUGCACAUGUGCUGUCAUUUUGUCUGGACUCUCGCUGGGGGCUCCAUGCUGAGCGUGUGGCACUGGGUAAAGGGCAGACGUAUGCCCGUAGUGUGCCUGGUCUGACUUUGCUGCAGGCCGCCGACCGCGCCCUCACUUCCUUUCAUCUGACCUCUGACCUCCUUGUGGCAGACGUGUCAAUCACACAGGGUCGUCACUACUGGGCAUGCUCAGUAGAGCCUGGUUCUUACUUAGUCAAGGUUGGUGUUGGCCUAGAGACAAAGCUUCAGGAGUGGUUCCACUUACCACAGGACAUGGCAAGUCCACGAUGUGAUCCUGAUAGUGGGCAUGACAGUGGAGCAGAGGAUGCCCAGGACUGUCCACCUCCAUUUUGCUUCCUCACCAUGGGCAUGGGUAAAAUCCUCAUGCCCAAAUCAGGGGCAUCCAAUGGCAUGUCCGGUCCCCUCACUGCACCCUUGCCCCCCCGCCUCGGUGUGUGUCUGGACUACGAUAAAGGGUGUGUCACUUUCUACGAUGCCCACUCACUUCGAGUGCUCUGGGAUGGGACUGUCGAUUGCUCCGCCCCUGUCUGCCCGGCUUUUUGCUUCAUUGGCGGAGGGGCACUGCAGCUGCAGGAGCUUAUAGCUAAUCGUAGCACGGACCAAGCCACGGCCAGGAGAGUCACCGUUCAAUCACAUGCCACAAAUCUGAAUAACUGAAGCCAUAAACAGUUCUACAGCAAACUGUCAAGCACCUUUAAAUGUUAGUAUUUAUUUUAUUAGUUAGUAUUUAUAUAUUUAUUUAUUUAUGGAUUAGCUUUUAUGUAUAGUUAUUUCAUUUUAUGCCACACACAGGGCUUUAAAUUAAGAUUAACUCCUGCAUUAUGCCUAGAAACUGCAGCAUGCAAAUGAUCAUGAUUUCUUAAUGCAAAUCUUUCUGCUUAAAAAAACAUAAAGUACUAGUCUGGUGCAUGAUCUGUAUAACACACCUGUAGGCAUAAAUCGCGAAUGAUGCAUUUCUAUUGGAGGGAAUGAUAAUUUAUAAGCUAUUUUUUCACAUUUAGCCUAUAAAGCACCUAAAAUGGAUAUGUCAAUAAUUUGUACUGGCUUUGACAAAUGCUGGUCUGUUUGCUUUUUAUAGGACUGUAUAGUUGCCACAUUUGGGUCUGUCUCCAUUGGUUUAGAUCGGGCUUAGUUUUAAUGUCAAAGUCCUCACAGUACCGUGCUGCUGUUUCGUGUGUAACACAGUAGAAUCACCACAUAUCUGUUCCUUCUUCCACAGUUUGCUCUUUCAUUCCACAGGGUUUUGCUUCAUUUAUAAAACAGCACAUCACAGCAUGGUCCAAAAACAUCCAAUCCUAUGCUAUAUGUCUUAAACUAAUGCCAUCAAUGUUUGUAAUACGUGUGCAUUACACAUAUAAACAUUUAUGUCAGUAUAUUAAAAUUUCCUGAAAUUGAUGUCAGACAAACUAGCAUACAUACUCUAUAUGUUUGUUUUUUCACAACAAAGCGCUUUAACUGUGAUGUCAUCAGACGUGACAAUAUGAAAACGGACACUUUUAACUAUUUUAACGUAAAGUAUCACAAUAUUACAAGUGUUUAAAGUAUAUCAAAAUGUCAUGUCUCAGAUUAAUAUACGGUAUACACUGUAUACACAGUACAAUAAUCAACAUCUCAAUACUGUAUGUCUGUUUAUUACCAGCAGUUGUUUCAGCAAAGCAUGAUAAAAAAAAUUAUAAAUGAAACUGUAUAUGUUUGAAUAUUGAAAAUAAUUAGUAUCAGAUCCAUGUUUCUGCUUAUAAAAAAUACUCGUCAGAAUGAACUAAAUUGGCAUUAAGUGGUUACUCAGGCCUGUGAAGUCACAAUCAAAUGUAAAACUAUUGGAAACUGAUUUUGUCCUUGUAAUACAGUGCAGGUGAAUUCUUGAUUAUGAUUGGUCAGGAGGUCUUAUUGUUUUUUAAUUUUUUUUAUUUGAGUAGCUCUGUUGCAACUUGAUUACGUUCCAUUAUAUAAUUUUGUUUUAUAGCUGCAGUGUAUAGCAGACGAUUCAAAAGGUGUAAUUGUGGAUAUGCUGUUAAUACUGUAAGUUUUCUGUAAGAUGUUCAAUUAACAUUUUUGGACGGAGUCUCCAGUGUGAGAAUAUUUUGUAACUGAGGUAAAGUUGUACUUUUUUAUUCUUUUCUUUCCUAAUCUUCAAGACGGAGGGCUUUACGGUUUCUCUGUGACAAGCUGCAUUGAUUUUUGUUUUAUUCACAUGCGAGAGAUGACUGUUUUUUUUAGUUGCUAUAAUAAGUUUGCAGACAACAUUAAAUGCAACUUUAAAUU